AUGCCUCUGCAGAGUGAAACCUCCCUCAAGUGUCAUCUUCAUUGCUUAGGGCCACACGCAGCGAUCGCAGGUUACCCGUGCGAGUGGGUGGCCACCGCAGCAUUCGCACUGGGCGCCGCUGAAGGGUUCCAGUGUGGAUGGGGUAGCGGAAGAAGAGUAACGAAAGCCUUCAACCAUUUGACCAUUACAGCCGAUAACCGCGAACAAAAUUGUGACAUAAGUAGGGUCCAAAGCUGGCGGAGAGGACGUGCGGGUGAAUCGGUGGGGACGAUGAGGUAA